AUGCAGUAUACACAGUGCAAGAUUGUUGGCAACGGGUCCUUUGGAGUUGUCUUUCAGACCAAGCUCUCUCCAGGCGGAGAGGAUGCUGCCAUUAAGCGUGUUCUCCAGGACAAACGUUUCAAGAACCGUGAGCUGCAGAUUAUGCGCAUUGUUCGUCACCCGAAUAUCGUCGAACUCAAGGCAUUCUACUAUUCCAACGGAGAUAGGAAAGAUGAAGUUUACCUGAAUUUGGUCCUCGAAUUUGUGCCUGAAACCGUCUAUCGUGCAUCUCGUUACUUUAACAAGAUGAAAACCACUAUGCCUAUGCUUGAAGUCAAGCUUUACACUUACCAGCUUUUCCGAGCUCUCGCAUACAUCCACUCACAGGGUAUCUGCCACCGUGACAUUAAACCUCAGAACCUCCUUCUCGACCCUAGUACCGGCGUGCUCAAGCUUUGCGAUUUUGGGAGCGCCAAGAUUCUUGUUGAGAAUGAGCCCAAUGUUUCAUACAUCUGCUCACGUUACUAUCGUGCGCCGGAACUGAUCUUUGGAGCAACUAACUACACCACUCAGAUCGACGUUUGGUCCACUGGAUGUGUCAUGGCAGAAUUGAUGUUGGGCCAGCCGUUGUUCCCCGGUGAAUCCGGUAUCGAUCAGCUCGUUGAGAUUAUCAAAGUUCUCGGUACUCCGACCCGUGAGCAGAUUAAGACCAUGAACCCGAAUUAUAUGGAACACAAAUUUCCGCAGAUUAAACCUCAUCCCUUCAACAAGGUAUGCAGCGCAACAUCAGCUUUUAGCGUUCUAUUUACUGACGAAACCACCGUGAAGGUCUUCCGCAAGGCUUCACCUGAGGCUAUUGAUUUGAUCACUGCUCUCCUUGAAUAUACCCCGACCCAGCGUCUUUCCGCCAUCGAGGCUAUGUGCCACCCGUUCUUCGAUGAAUUGAGGGACCCGAAUACUCGCUUGCCGGAUUCACGCCACCCAAGUGCUUCUGCCCGUGAAUUGCCCAAGCUUUUUAACUUUACUCACCAUGAGCUGUCCAUUUCUCCUUCAUUGAACCAUAAGCUGGUGCCUCCUCAUGCAAAAUCCGAACUCUUUUCCCGCGGUAUUGAUAUUGAUAAUUUCAUUCCGCUCAAAAAGGAAGAAAUGAUGGCACGCCUUGACUGA